AUGGAUAAUAUAGUCAAUGAUAUUGAUAUACCCAAUGCCAAUGGAAAACAGACAAAAUCUAAACAGAUUAAUGAUUAUGAGUGGAUAUCUGUUCUAAUACCUUAUAGGGACCUACCUGGCUGUGUUGAGCGAAUGUGGCUGUACGUAGAUAUAUUUUUUCUUCCAGUGACUGGAAGUGCAGCUACUUUCAAUGGAUCUUCGGCAGCGAUAUCAUACACCACGACCUGUGCACCUCAUUAUGGGCCCGACACAAACCAAAUUACAGUUGAGGCAUGGAUGAAAGCUGCUUCCAGCAUUGAUGACGCCUGGAGAGGUGUAGUAGCGCAAGGAAAUUAUUAUUUGAACUUUAGAUACAAACAGUUAGCAUUUUGCGUUUACGGUAAUACGACAGUGCAAAAUUUCGAUAAUCCAACACUCAACAACGGCGAUUACUAUAUGUCCAAUUGUACUAAUCUAACGGUCGGUGUAUGGUAUCAUAUUGCUGCAUCAGCAGUGAGUGGAAUUGAUAACUCAAACGAACAAAUUGAUUCGCCGAUAACAACAGUAUUAGAUAAUGAUAAAACUGAAUCAAGAGAUAUACCACAUGGGAUACAAGAAAUGUUAACAUCAAUACAUUUACAAGAUCAUUUAGAAGUAAACGAGAUACCUAUGUUUGAUGAAAAUUUGAUGCUACAUGUUAAAGAUUGGUUAUAUGAUGUUAUGAUACAAUUAGAGCCUCCAGAGUAG